CAUUCACAAUUCUAAACCUACUACUUUCACUUAAAAAUCAUUUUCUAUAAUAAGAGAAAAAUGAAGUUUCUUAUUAAGUCAAUAAUUUUUCUUCUCUUUGUGAUUUUUGAUCAAAGGGGAGCAAAUGGUGAAAUACCCAAAAAAACAAUGUAUCUCAUAAAUAGGGCUAACAUUAAAGGUCCUUAUCUUGGUGUUAUUAUACCCAACACAUUUGAGCUCAACCCUCUACUUCAAUCUCCCAGCUUCACUCCAAGCAAGCUUACUAUUGACUUUGCAGGCAAGAGAUUUCGGUUCGGAACCAUUGAAGGGAAGAAAGUGAUCUUGGUUAUGACAGGCCUUGCCAUGGUAAAUGCAGGCAUAACUACCCAAUUAUUAUUAAGUUUAUUUAGGAUAGAAGGAGUUGUACACUAUGGAAUAGCUGGUAAUGCAGAUCCUUCCCUCCAUAUUGGAGAUGUGGCUAUUCCUAAAUACUGGGCCCACCUUGGUCUUUGGAAUUGGCAGAGGUACGGUCAAGGUCCAGAGAAUGAACUACCAUUAGAAGCAGCAGGAGAUUAUUCAAGGGAUUAUGGAAACUUAAGAUUUGGUGAUUACACCACAAACACUAGUGAUAACGCUAAUGCUGAUAAUCUGUUAAAUAGAAUUUGGUUUCAAGCUGAAGAAGUUUUCCCAGUUGAUGGAAUUCCUGAGGAAAGGCAACAUAUUUUUUGGGUUCCUGUUCAUGCUCGUUACUUCAAUAUUGCCAAGAAACUUCAGGGCUUAAACUUGGAGAGUUGUGUAAAUGCAACAAAAUGCUUACCAACAACACCAAAAGUGACAACAGUACGAAGAGGAGUAAGUGCAAGUAUUUACGUAGACAAUGCAGCAUACAGAAAUUUUAUUUUUGAGAAAUUCAAGUUAAGUCCAAUUGAAAUGGAAAGUGCUGGAAUUGCACUAAUUUGCUACCAACAAAGGGUUCCUUUUAUCACAAUUAGAGCCCUUUCUGAUCUUGCUGGUGGUGGUUCUGCUGAAUCUAAUGAAGCUGAUAUCUUCAUUUCUGUUGCUUCUAAAAAUUCUGUUAUUGCUGUUGUUGAAUUUAUUAAGCUUCUCUCAUCAUCAAAGGCUUCCCAUUAGCAAAUGAGUUUAUGAGAUUAUGUAUGGUGUUAAGACUUGAUUUUGUGUAUGGGUUUUGGUUUUAAGUAUUAAUGAAUAAGUAAGAUGGUGUUUAUCUUUAUCAUCAUCAUAUUCAGUGUAUACCGCUCAUAGAAAAUUAUGAUCAGGGUCAGGAGAAGGAAGAAAGGUGGCAAUCCAUAUCCAUAAAAGAGAGCGCGACCAAAGAAAAAUAUUUCCUCUAUUCUCUUUUGUUCUUUUGAUUUUAUUUUUUGCGGAUUUUAAUGUAAAUUUGAAUUUAUAUGACGGCAAUCGUAAGUUUUUAUAAAUUAGGUAUUUUAA